AUGCGCACCUCCGCUUUCGCUAUCCUCGCCGUCGCGGCCGCCACUGUCUCGCCGGCCCUGGCAGUGCCCAUCGCAUUUCCUCACCUGCCCUUCGACACGCAUGUCCGGAACGGACUGCGCGCCGGCGGCGACGCAGCUCCCGAAGGGAGCGGCGCGGUCAACUGGGGCGGCGUGUGGCACAACGGCGUCGGGCUCGUCAAGUCGCUCGCCGAGCGCGGGGACAUGGAGCCCGAGUCGGAGUUCAUGGCCCGCGCCGUGAACUGGGAGGGCCUCGAGCACGACGUCCCCGCUGCGUUCCACUCCGGCGUGCAGGUGUGGCACGACGUGAAGGGCAAGCGCGAGGAUGAGCGCGAGCUCGAGCUCGCCCGCCGCAAGGUCAACUGGAAUGCCUUGGGACACGAUGCUAAGAGUGCCUUCCACACGGGUGUGCGGAUUUACCACGACAUCAAGGGCAAGCGCGAGGACGACCUCGAGCGCGAGCUCGCCCGCCGCAAGGUUAACUGGGAGGGUCUGGAGCACGACGUCCCCUCUGCCGUCCAUUCGGGCGUGAAGGUGUGGCACGACUUCAAGGUCAAGCGCGAGGACGACCUCGACCUCGAGCUCGCCCGCCGCAAGGUCAACUGGGAGGGCUUGGAGCACGAUGCUCCCGCUGCGUUCCACGCGGGAGUGAAGGUCGCUCACGACUUCGGCGUGUGA